AUGUCAACAACACCAUCACCGCGACCUCUCCGGGUGCUUAUCUCGGGCGGAGGAGUCGCCGGUCCCGCCGUGGCCUUGGAACUGAGCCGCCUUCCACCACCACUGCGAUGCGAGAUCACCAUCGUCGAGCGGCACCCAGACCUGCGCGCGUCAGGCCAGCAAAUUGACCUCCGCGGCCAAGGCGUGGUAGCGAUGCGGCGACUGGGCAUCGAGUCACAGGUACGCGAAGUUCGCGUCGAAGAGCCCGGCCUCCGCAUCCUCAACGCCCGGGGCAAGCUCCAAGCCUACUUUGGCAGCAACAAGACCGGCCAGGGCGCCCAGGGGUUUUCGGCCGAGUGGGAGAUUAUGCGGGGUUCCCUGGUGCGCGUGCUGUACGACGAGACUAAGGACCUCCCCGGCAUCACCUACCGCUUCGGUACCACCGUCUCCUCCUUUGAGCACAUCCGCGACGGCACCGCCGUACGUGCGCGCCUGUCGGACGGCACUGAGGCCGAGUACGACCUUAUGAUCGGCUGCGACGGGUUGGGUUCGCGCACCCGGCGCAACAUGUUCACCGACGGCCGUGAAGACAUCGUCAAAUCCGUCGGUGUAGCCUGCGCCUUCUACACCAUCCCACCACGGGACGAAGACACCCCCAACGCCGUGCUCUGCCAGUUCCCCGGACGCCGGUACAUCAUGACGCGCCGCGACCAACCUGGUUGCCUGCGGGCGUACCUAGGCUUCCGCAACCCCGAUGAGCGGCUAUCGCAAACCAUCAAGCACGGCACGGUGGAGGAGCAGAAGAAGGCGUGGGCGGAGGCGUUCAAGCACGACCUCUCCAACGAGUGGGGGGUCAAGCGGUCCCUCGAUGGCCUGUUCACGCCGGAAGCCGACGACUUUUAUACGCAAGACUUCGCCCAGGUCAAACUUGAUAACUGGACCGAAGGGCGCGUCACACUUGUCGGCGAUGCUGGGUACUGUCCGUCCCCGAUGACAGGACAGGGCACCUCGCUCGCACUUAUCGGUGCUUGCGUGCUCGCGGGGGAGAUCGCACGCGCAUGCAGCGCCGAACUCACCAGCCAGAGCUCAGACAGUCAAGCUACUAACAACGAAACCAAUGACCCCUGGUCAGGAGGCAUACCCCGUGCGCUGGCGGGUUACGAGAAGACGCUCCGCCCGAUGGUUGAUAUCGUCCACAGCGAGAACAUCCAGAGGGGCAUCAAGAUCCUCAUGCCCGAGACGGCGUGGGCGAUCAAGCUGAUCCACUGGACGAUGUGGUUGGUGUCGACGCUGCGGAUUGAUCAGAUCGCCUCGCGGUUUGCGUCGGACGAUCGGGGCUCGUGGAAGUUGCCAGAGUAUCCGGAGUUGGUGAAGCCUAAGGUUUCGGAGUAG